UCUAUCAGCUGAUGCCUGAACAUGCCACUGCUGGCCAGGAAGUGCUCAAGAAAAUAAAAACGAAAGCGCACAGAAGAUUCAGUUCAACUUGCGCUAAUGCUCCGGAUACUCUCGGACGUUGGUUAGGUGACGUGAUCUGCUGUCUGGCAGGUAAAAUAAGGAAGAGGAGAUGGCGGCACAUCAGGGCAGCGGACAGGCCUGGGGAAAACUUGUGAAAUUCGACGCAUCUCCGGGUUCAGAGAUAUUACUUAUAAAUCGAGAAUGCACGGUGGGAAGAAAAAAAGAUUGUGACCUCUCAUUCCCGGCUAAUAAACUGGUCUCAGGGAAUCAUUGCAAAAUCAUUCAAGAUCAGAACUCAGGAAAGGUGUGGCUGGAGGACAUGAGCACCAAUGGAACAGUGGUCAAUAUGUCCAAAGUGGUGAAGAAGCAGAUGCAUUUACUGCAGAAUGGUGAUGUCAUUCACUUUGUGUACAGGAAGAAUGAGCCAGAGCAAAACAUCGCUUACGUUUAUCAGGCCAUCAGGCCACAGGAAAGUUUCUCACAGGACGUUGAAGAUGCUGGAAGAGAAGAAGAUUCAGAUCUGACGGAAACCGAGAGUGAACCAGCAACAGUAGAGCCUGUUAUUGUAAAGCAUCUACCUCAGUCUGGGCAUGAGGAUCCUCAGCCAUCUACCUCCAGCUCUUCCUUCCACUUCUACAACAUGCCAUUAUCUACCUGCUCUGCAGAUGUGUCUGCAAAGAAGAACCCAGUGAGUUCUUCGGUUAUUCGUAAAGGAGAAUCAGAGAUGACUGCACCAGCAGGCAGCCCUGGGGAGCCGGUCAUGAAUCACACUCACCUGAAGUGGACCUGUUGGACUGAAGGAGCGCGACAGAUGGAGCCAGAGGUGGAAAUGCAGAGGAAAAGAAGAAAAACUGACAAAGAUGAUCAGGAGGGGUAUGGAUCUUCUCACAGUGAGUCUGCUGUUUUUGCAGCAGCUCCUCAGGUUCCUCUCAGAGGAGCAGCAGGGAAAGAGAAAAGUGAAGGAGCCACAACAGACAAAAUGGAAGAAUCCCUCACAUGCAUUGUCUGCCAGGACCUGCUGCACGACUGUGUCAGUCUUCAGCCCUGCAUGCAUACAUUUUGUGCUGCCUGUUAUUCUGGCUGGAUGGAGCGUUCCUCCCUCUGCCCCACCUGCCGAUGUCCUGUGGAGAGGAUCCGUAAAAACCACAUCCUCAACAACCUGGUGGAGGCUUACCUUCUCCAGCACCCAGAGAAGUGUCGGAGUGAAGAUGACUUGUGCAGCAUGGAUGCCCGAAACAAGAUCACGCAGGACAUGCUGCAGCCAAAGGUGGAACGCUCCUUCUCGGAUGAGGAGGGCAGUUCAGACUAUCUGUUUGAGCUCUCAGACAAUGACAGUGACAUUUCUGACUUGAGUCAGCCCUAUAUGAUGUGUCGGCAGUGUCCAGGUUAUCGGAAGGAGCUUAGCUCUGCCCUGUGGAUCUGUGAGGCCGCUCAAUCAGAAGGGCCAGCUAAAGUGCCUGGAGACGGCCCCUCCACAUCCUCUGACACCUCCACAGCUCCUCAGGAGUUCAGAUGUCCUCCUCAGGGCAGUCACCUCAUCUGCUCCUGCUGCCUGCAGCCCAUGCCCGACCGACGCUUCGAGCACCUUCCCCCUCAGAUGUCCCCGCAGCACUGUAUGGUGUGCCAGAAACCUUACUGUCAUGUGUACUGGGGCUGCCAGCGGAUCGGCUGUCACGGCUGCCUUGCACGUUUCAGUGAACUUAACCUUAAUGAUAAAUGUCUGGAUGGAGUUUUUAAUGGAAAUCAAUAUGAGUCUGAAGUCCUUCAGAAUUAUUUGACUUCUCGAGGAAUGAGCUGGAGGCAUAUGCUGCAGGAAGCGCUCCAGGCUGUACAGCAGGGCCUGUACCAGCUCUCCGAUUUCAGAAUCACUGCCAACUCUUUCCUGUGCUACUGCUGUGGACUUCGCACUUUUAGAGAGCUUGCAUACAAAUACAGAGAGCAUAUUCCUGCACCAGAGCUGCCAGAUUCUGUGACCACAAGACCAAACUGUUACUGGGGACGCAACUGUCGGACUCAAGUGAAAGCACACCACGCUUUGAAAUUCAACCACAUAUGUGAGCAGACGCGGUUUAAGAACUAAAGCUGGAGGAGCGUUGUUUGAUUUGACAGCAGUAGUUUGGGAGUUUGACUGUCUCAGCAGCUUCAUCAUUAGCCUGCUUCUGGGUGCAGGCACGUGUUAUACCUCUUUACUCCUCUAGAUGGCAACCUUACAUAUGCAAAGUCAAUCAGAUGAUGAUAAACCAAUCAUCCUUGAGGUAUGGUGUCAGUAUGUGGAAACAUCUGAUCUGGAUCUGCACUGUGUGUAGAAACAGACACUAGCUUUCCAUGAUGUGCACUCUUUCAGUAUGCACACUUCAUUCCACUUUGCUAUUGGCAUGCUUUCAUGCUGCAUUUCUGCUUAUAAUUGUGAAACGAGACAACGCUGGCAAUCACCUUUACAUGCAAAAAGCUCUUUAGCUUGAACCUUAUACAAUAUACAAAAUAUAUAACUAACCUUUGGUGCCUAAGAGUUCUUUGCAUAUGUCACAUACUUCCAUUUUAAUGUUUUUUCAAUGAGUUCAUAAACUGCUCGAGACAUUUAAAUGCUACUGAGAUUAUUGAAAAUUUGUUAUAAAAAAGGUAUGAUCGUGUUGGUCAAGUGCACUAAACUCUCACAUGUUAGGUUUUCCGCAUCAGUAACUGCAUUUUGUAUUUUAUAAUUUUUCUAAUCAGUAAGGGCAAUAAGCCAUGUAAAGAAAAAGUGUGUGUUUUAUUUUCCUCUAACACAAGACUGAGGGUAUAUCGCACUGCAGGGGAUAAUCAAGUCAAAUCUGAUUUAUAAUAAAGGCUUCGAUGCUUUCGCACAUCAUGUUAUGAUUAUGGAAUUUUUGCUUUUGGCUCAUAUGCAAACAAGGCCAGUUUUUAGCUAGUCAGUGGAUGAUGCAUUUGCUAGUGUUUUCCUAUGUAACUAAGAUAUUUGAGUUUUUCUUUUACUUGUGGCAUUGGUGAUAUUAUAGGUAGAUGGUAUGGCCAUAUAAUAGCUGAUUCAAUAUCUUUACAUUUUCAGACUAGGCUAGAGCUGUAUUUCUGGACUAGUAAAAUAGUUUUUUUUCUUUUCUUUUUCUUUACUUAUUCCCAUCUUCCCCAAUAAGUUUGAUUUCAGUUGGUGUAUAUUCUUAACACUCAGCUGAUUCUUGUUUAACUUGGUAAACCACAUUGGUUUUAGCCAUAGUUCUUCCUAAUGUUGUUUUUUUAAUAAAAUUUUUAUGUACCGAGGAAGCCAAUGUGAUCCAUAAAAAAGUUACCACAGUCAGUGUUUAAAAUGUGGCAUUGAGCAUCAAAGCCGCAUAAAAAUUCUCAACAUUUUACCCUUCAACAUUUUUUUUUUAUAUAAAAACAUUAAAAGCAUGAACAAAUAUUUGAAACUUUUUAAAAUACCUGAAAGUAGAUACAUGCUGUAUCUCAGUUCAUUGUCAUGUUUUGUAAAUAUUUCCCAAAAUUUAGCAGGGAACUUUUUACAUUACUGUUACUUCGAACAUAACGUUGUUGUAAAUAUUUUUUUUCUUUUUUGCCUUGUGCAUGUUUUUUGGGGUCAAAUGAGACUUCCUACAACUGUAGAGGUCAAUCCGCGCCAUCCCUCACCAGCCUCAACUGCUCUUUAAUGAAGGUCGACAGAAGGCCUCAGCUCUCUAAAACCUCACACACUGACCUAAUGGCACCUGACAAACGGCCAAGUUUGCUUGGGAAUGUUUCUACAAUGGCAAAUUAAUAGUUGUUUUUCCUCUGUCUUUUAUGCAUUUGGUGGAUGGUUUUAUCUAGAGCAACUUUCCCUAAACUUUAUCUGAUUGUACAUUAAUUGGUAUGCAAAAUAGUAUUUAUCAAAUGUACACAAGUAUCAAGAUAUGUGGAAAAAGGUUUUUAGAUUGUAUUUAAAUAUCUACAUAAACAUUUUGUUAUAAAAUGUCAGAUAGACUGAUAGAGCUUCCUUUGAAACCACAUACAGGCUCUUGCAUAAACCUAAAAGGUGGUUUUAGGUGAGUGGACUGGUGUUAUGGUGUGAGCUCCAAAGUGGGUCUCAUUCUGUGAACUCUUCAAAUCUGCAGGAAGGGUUGAGGGAUUUAUUCAGGAAUGGUCCCGAAGUGUUAGAAAGGCUUUAGAGGCUGCUUUGCAUUUACUGAAAGGGAAACGUACUCUGCAAAUAUUUACUUGCUUGGGUUGUAUGGGAUUUUUUUUUCUUUCAGAAAAGGGGGUGUUUAAUUCUACCUCAUCAAAGUUUAAACUGGGGCUUUAAAUGGAGAAACGUUUUCUGCGCAUCAGGUUUUUGAGUAACUAUAGGAAGCCUGUAUAAUAGCACUGUUAAUGUUCUAUAAUUGAAUUAGUGCUUGCUGUGCCUCUUGUUUGUAAUGCCUAGACAUAAAUAUGACUAAAAACCUUGUUUAAUUGACUGCACUAAU